AACUAGCUGAUGGUAUGAAUUUGACAAGAUUAAUGUAGACUGUAGGGUCCGGCUUAUUUCUCACUUUCAGUUCCUAAUUUUUGGUGAAGUCAGAGCUCAGCGACAUUGCGUGUGUGUCUCAGUGAAGAAACAAGAAGAGGUUUAUCAUUCAUCACCAGCUUCAAGAACCAGAGAUUCUCAUGCUGCCUUGUUUACAUGAUGGACGGAUAUGUCAUAUCAUCUGCUUCAGAGGAAAUGAUUCCAAAUGAGUCAGAGAAUUAUCGGCCACCGGCAGAGCUGUACCCCUACCUCACUAAUGUGGGGGAGAUUUAUGAAGACCAUAGAUGGGCCUUCCACUCGGAGCGCGUCCAGCCGGCUGACUUUGAGAAUUCUCCAGUAAAUCACCUCACAGAGCUGCAGUCUGUGUCUCCUCAACAACUGAUACAACCCUACCGCUUCAGCAGUGAGUCCCUGCCCCUCCACCUGGAUCCACCACUCGCACCUCUCUCAGUGUCGCCACAAAUUCCAUAUUACACCUCAUCCCUGUGCUACCAGUACCCACCCUCUGCCUCGCCGCCCCAUUACUACUCAGAAGGGGAACAAAGAGGAAUCAGUCCCCCGCUCGAGGUAUCAGAAGGGGAGGAUGAAUUUGAAGACCAAAGCCACCCCUCCUUAAGGAAAGACACUAACAACAAGAAGAAAAUCCGCUUGUACCAGUUCCUCUUGGACUUGCUACGAAAUGGUGACAUGAGCGACAGCAUCUGGUGGGUCGACCAGGAAAAGGGCAUCUUCCAGUUUUCAACAAAACACAAAGAAGCUCUGGCAAACCGCUGGGGUCUUCAGAAAGGAAACCGGAAAAAAAUGACCUACCAAAAAAUGGCUCGGGCUUUGAGGAACUAUGGUAAAACCGGAGAGAUUAAAAAAGUAAAGAAGAAGCUAACCUACCAGUUCAGUGAGGAAGUUCUGAGGAACCUCUAUUCACGUCAGUAUCACUGAUGAGUAAACAAAGGCUGUCUCUUUUUACACUGAAAAUCACUAAACUCGUCAAGAUUGUGUUUUGCUUGUAGAUUUGCAAUUUCAUUUAGUUUUUUUCCACCAAGUUUUCUUACUUAUUUAUUUGCUCUGCCAGUGUGCCUCCUCUGUGGCAUUUAUUAACUUCCAUAUAAACGGCUUCAUUUCAGACUUAAGUUUGUGUCUCUAUACAAGGAUGAUUUAAGAUCAGUGACACAAAAAUUCAAAUGUUAUUAUGUAACAUUUUUGCAUUGAAUAUGUGUAAAUUAAAUAAAUAUUAUGUUUUAGUCAUUUUGUCAAAUUACUUCAAUGAACUGAAUCUAUUUUGAAACCAGCACAUUAUGGCUGGACAAUAUAUCGAUAAUAUAUUGAUACUGUGAUAUGAGACUAAAUAUCGUCUUAGAUUUUGGAUUCAUAAUAUCGUGAUAUGGCGUAAGUGUUUUCUUUUCCUGGUUUUGAAGGCUGCAUUAUAUUAAAGUGAUGUGAACUGACCAGACUGUUUUAGCUUUUCUAUUAUUUUCAUUUACCCACUUAGUCAUUAUAUCUACAUUUCUGA